GUGAUGUGACGUCAUAAGGCUGCGCCGCUGUGUCUGUUGUGAUUCGGCUGAAGAGAGGACAAAGUGUCCAAACACAGAGAAACUCCUGGUGAAGCAACUGAGAUCCACGUGACUCUGUUAUAAAGAUGGCGUUUAUUAAAGAGGAGAGUGAAGAUGUGAGGAUUGUAGAAAUAUUCAGCAUGAAACAAGAAGAUACUGAGGCACAAACAGACCUGAUUGCACUGAAAGAAGAGAUUCAAGAACUGGAAAAGAUAGAAGAGAAAGAUCAAUAUGAGAGACAUGAUUUCAUGACUAUGGAAAAAUCCAUACAGACUGAAACAACUUCAUCACGAAAAAAAGUUCAGAAGACCGACUUUACCUGCCAUCAAUGUGGAAAGAGUUUCAAUCAAAAACAUAACCUUAAAAACCACAUGAAGACUCACACUGGAGAGAAGCCUUUCACAUGCCAAGAGUGUGGAAAGUGUUUCACUCACACAGGAAACCUUAAUUCCCACGUGAAAAGUCACACUGGAGAGAAACCUUAUACCUGCCAACAGUGUGGAAAGAGUUUUACAUAUAAAAAAGACCUUAAUUCCCACAUGAACGGUCACACUGGAGAGAAGCCAUUCACAUGUGAUCAGUGUGGAAAGAGUUUCCGACAUAAAGUAACUCUUAAUUCCCACACGAAGAGAGAACACUCAGGAGAGAACGGUUUUCAAUGUUAUCAGUGUGGAGAGAGUUUCAGUUGUAAAGGAAGCCUCAAAACUCAUGAGAGACUUCACACUGCAGAGAAGCCUUUUACCUGCAAACAGUGUGGGAAGAGCUUCUCAUAUAAAACACACCUUGAUUCCCACAUGGGAAGUCAUACUGGAGAGAUGCCUUUUACCUGCAAACAGUGUGGGAAGAGCUUCUCAUAUAAAGCACACCUUGAUUCCCACAUGAGAAGUCAUACUGGAGAGAAGCCUUUUACCUGCAAACUGUGUGGAAAUAGCUUCUCACACAAAGGAAAUCUUAAGUCGCACAUGAGAAUUCACACUGGAGAGAAACCAUUUCCAUGUGAUCAGUGUGGGAAAAGUUUCAGACAUAAAGCAACCCUUGAUUCACACAUGAAAAGUCACACUGGAGAGAGUUCUUACACCUGCAAACUGUGUGAAAAGAGCUUCUCAUAUAAAGCAACCUUUAAUGCCCACAUGAGAAGUCACACAGGAGAGAGGCCUUUUACCUGCAAACUGUGUGGGAAGAGCUUCUCAAUAAAAGGAAAUCUUACAGCUCACAUGAAAACUCACACAGGAGAGAAGCCAUUCAUGUGUGCUCAGUGUGGAAAGAGUUUUACACGUGAAAAAACCCUUACUUGCCACAUGAGGCUUCACUCAAGAGAGGACAGUUUUAAUUGUCUUCAGUGUGGAAAGAGAUUCCCAGACAAGAGACACCUUAACUGGCAUUUAAAAAUUCACUCCAGAGAGACGUCUUUUAAAUGCAAUGACUGUGGAAAGAGUUUCAGAUUUAAAGGAAACCUUAAGACUCACAUGAGAAUUCACACUGGAGAGAAACCUUUCACCUGCACUCACUGUAGAAAGAGUUUCAGUCAGAACAUAACACUUCAGAUUCACACGAGGCUUCACACUGGAGAAAAACCUUUCUCGUGUCUUCAGUGUAAGAAGAGUUUCACAUAUAAAAGAGACCUGAAACGUCAUUUGCAAACACAUUCUGGAAAACAAUUGCACAGCUCUGCGAGUGAAAAGAGAAAAAGGAUCGAUUUAAAAAAUCCACUACGUAUUCACUCAGGAGGAAGACAAUUUAUUUGUGGUCAGUGUAACAAAAAAUUUAUUUUGCCAUCACACUUAAAGAUACACCUGAAAAGUCAUACAGAUGUGAGACCAUAUUUGUGUUUUUUAUGUGGAAAGUGCUUUAAAUGGCUCGGCAGUCUAAAAUGGCACCAGAAAAUAUGUAUCUGCGUGAAAUUAAAGCUACGUUCACACCGUAGCUGAAUGUGGCCCAAAUCUGAUUGUCCACAUUCAUGACCA